GUGUGUAUUUAAAUGUUAAAGCUAACUGGCCCUAGACAGUCGUGAUGGGUUCGUUAGCAACUUCACUUGGGAUAGUGCUGCUGUCCUUAGCCGUAGCAGUUCUUCUAUCUUGGAAACGAAAUCCAGGAGCACCGGCUGAUUUUGUCAUCACGAACUGCAGUAUCUGGACUGCAGACCAGGAUGUUCCAUGGGCAGAGUCGAUGGCUGUGAGACGGGGAAGAAUCCUUCGCGUGGGUUCUCUCUCAUUUGUCAAGGAGGUUGCCGGUUCUGAUACCGAAUUCCGUGAUCUCGAGGGGCAGUUUGUGGUGCCUGGUUUCAUUGAUUCUCAUGUUCACUUUAUUCCUGGAGGCCUGCAGCUAGUAAGAUUGGAUCUUCAUGAUGUACACACACGUCUAGAGUUCACACAGAAAGUUCAACAUGCUGCUCAUGGGCUCGAGCCAAAUGAGUGGCUUCAAGGAUUUGGAUGGAGCAACGAACACUGGGGAGGUGAGUGGCCAGAUUCAUCCUGGAUUGAUAGUGUCACAGAAAAAAAUCCGGUGUGGCUCAGCAGGAUGGACGGUCACAUGGGCCUUGCAAAUAAAGUUGCCAUGGAUAUUUGUGAUUUGAAGAGCGUUAAAGAAGAUCCAACUGGUGGGAGCAUUGUAAGAGAUGCAGAUGGUGUUCCAACUGGUUUACUCGUUGAUGCUGCUAUGAUAUUGUUAACUUCUUGUGUUCCUAAACCGUCAUUGGAGCAACGUAGAGACGCUCUGGCAAGAGCAAGCCAUUAUGCUGUCUCUAAAGGCGUCACCUCAGUAGUUGAUUUCGGAUCAUACUUUCCUGGUGGAUCAAUCAAAGAAUCAUGGAACGAUUUUGAAGAGGUAUACACGUGGAUGGACUCACUCGGGAAUAUGACUGUGAGGUCUGCACUUUUCUUCCCACUCGAGACUUGGCCACGAGUCGCUGCUCUGAUAAAAGAGAGAGGACGGCAUAUAAGCGACUGGGUUCACAUUGGUGGGGUCAAAGCUUUUGCCGAUGGAUCGCUGGGCUCGGGAACAGCUCUCUUUCACCAGCACUACGAAGACGAUCCGAACAAUUUUGGCCUCCGUGUGGCCGAUCUGAGUUGGCUUUCCGAGUCCGUGAGUGCUGCUUUUGAGUCGAAAUUACAGGUAGCAGUACAUGCGAUUGGCGAUGCAGCAAACGAUGAUGUGCUUGGAAUUUACGCUGACGCUAUUUCUAAACAUCCUCGUCAAGGACAUCGAUUGAGAGUAGAGCAUGCACAGCACCUUUCACCUGGAGCGCACCUUAAAUUUGGGACGUUCUCAAUAUCUGCGUCGAUGCAACCAGAGCAACUUCUAGAUGAUGCUUACUACGCCGUGAAGAAACUUGGUGAGAAGCGCUCACGUGGAUCUUAUAACCUCCGCUCCCUCCUCGGAAACGGUAGCGUGGUUGCUCUAGGAUCCGACUGGCCUGUUGUAGCAGUGAAUCCACUUGGAGGGAUCCGCGCAGCCGUGGAGAGAACACCUUCAGGCUGGAGUCAUCCCUGGAUUCCCGAGGAAAGGAUUUCUGCAUGGGACGCAGUGGCGGGGUACACAUCCUUGGCUGCGUAUGCAGCUGCAUUGGAGGAUCUGGUUGGGUCACUGACUCCAGGAAAGUUUGCCGACUUUGUGGUGUUGUCCGAGUCUCCUUUUGCACAGGGCACGGGCAUUUUUCCUCGAGUGGUUGCUACGUUCGUUGGUGGAAAUAUUGCCUUCCUUUCUUAAGGCUUUAUUCCAAACUUGGUAAAUUAUUUCGUGGUCUUUUAAAUAUUGCAUAUUUGCGAGAA